AGUAUUAAGGAGGGACAGCUAUUGAAGCAAACCAGUUCUUUCCAAAGGUGGAAAAAGCGAUACUUCAAACUUCGGGGCCGUACCCUUUAUUAUGCGAAGAAUUCAAAGUCUCUGAUAUUUGAUGAAGUGGACCUCUCAGAUGCCAGCGUUGCCGAAGCAAGCACCAAAAAUGCCAACAACAGCUUCACGAUAAUCACCCCGUUCCGAAGGCUCAUGCUGUGCGCUGACCACAGGAAGGAGAUGGAGGACUGGAUCAGCUGCCUCAAGUCCGUACAGACCCGGGAAACCUACGAGGUGGCCCAGUUUAACGUGGAGCAUUUCUCAGGGAUGCAUAACUGGUACGCCUGCUCCCACGCCCGGCCCACCUUCUGUAACGUGUGCAGAGAGAGCCUCUCCGGUGUCACCUCCCACGGCCUCUCCUGUGAAGUGUGUAAAUUCAAGGCUCACAAACGGUGCGCAGUGAGAGCAACAAAUAACUGCAAGUGGACGACCCUGUCGUCCAUCGGGAAGGACAUCCUGGAGGACGAGGAUGGCGUAGCCAUGCCUCACCAGUGGCUCGAGGGGAACCUGCCCGUGAGCGCCAAGUGCGUUGUCUGUGACAAGACGUGCGGCAGUGUCCUCCGUCUGCAGGACUGGAAAUGCCUCUGGUGCAAAGCCAUGGUACACACGGCCUGCAAAGAUUUAUAUCAUCCUGUGUGCCCCCUCGGCCAAUGUAAAGUCUCUGUCAUACCUCCAAUUGCACUAAACAGCACUGAUUCUGACGGUUUCUGUAGAGCAACCUUUUCAUUCUGUGUUAGUCCUCUGCUGGUUUUUGUCAAUUCCAAAAGUGGAGACAAUCAGGGAGUAAAGUUCCUUCGUCGAUUUAAACAGUUGCUAAAUCCAGCUCAGGUGUUUGAUCUCAUGAACGGAGGUCCUUACUUAGGUUUAAGAUUAUUUCAUAAGUUCGACAAUUUCCGGAUUCUCGUUUGCGGAGGAGAUGGAAGUGUUGGUUGGGUUUUGUCGGAAAUUGACAAACUCAACUUGAUCAAACAGUGUAAGGUGGGAGUGUUGCCUCUCGGUACAGGUAAUGACCUUGCUCGGGUCCUUGGCUGGGGAGGCUCCUGUGAUGACGACACCCAGCUUCCUCAGAUCCUGGAGAAGCUGGAGCGAGCCAGUACCAAAAUGUUGGACAGGUGGAGUAUAAUGACAUAUGAACUCAAAUUGCCACCAAAAGCUCCUCUACUUCCGGGACCUCCAGGACAGUCGUCAGGGUUUUAUAUGACCAUUUAUGAAGACUCGGUUGAAACUCAUCUUCAAACGAUCCUCAGCGCCGACGAGCGCACCGUGAUCCUAUCAUCAGCCAACAUAUUAUGUGAAACUGUAAAGGACUUCGUGGCCAAAAUCGAGAAGGAAUAUGGGAAAGCGCUGGAGAGCCCUGAUGAUGCAGACAUGGCCAGUAAAUGUUCGGUCCUGAAUGAGAAGCUGGGCCAGCUGCUGCAGGCCGUGCAGAAGGAUCAUCCGGCGCCCCCGUGUGUGGGCUCAGUCAUUGCUGAAGAGGACCCUGCGGAAUUUUCCAGCGAAGAAUCCUUGCGUGACACCAAGGAGCACCUUGCAGACAGCGCCACGCCCUCGCAGAAAGCCGCCAAGCCCACGCUCAUCAUGUUGAGGGCAAACAGCUUAAAGAAGGCCGUGAGGCAAGUCAUUGAACAAGUCGAGAAAGCGACGGAUGACCACACAGCUCCCCCCUGUGGCCCAUGUCCGCAGUCACCCGAAUGUGAUCCCCCAGAAACAGCGGACCCUAAAGAGGAAUGCAGGGAAGAUGAGGCCCAAGAGCCGGGACCUGUUAAAACUGCACCUCGGUCUCCAGAUGGUCGGGCAAGUCAGACUUUAUCCCAGACGGACUCCUCCAGCUCUGGCCCACCUGUGGCAGCCGGCAAAGAAAGCCUCCCCGUGCUCAAUACCAGAAUCAUCUGCCCAGGUUUAAGAGCAGGACUCGCUGCCUCCAUUGCUGGGAGUUCUAUUAUCAACAAAAUGUUACUAGCAAAUAUUGAUCCUUUCGGCGCAACGCCAUUCAUUGACCCAGAUCCAGAUUUGCUAGAUGGGUAUACAGAAAAAUGUGUGAUGAAUAAUUACUUUGGAAUUGGAUUGGAUGCAAAGAUUUCCUUAGAAUUUAAUAAUAAACGAGAAGAGCACCCUGAAAAAUGCAGAAGCCGGACUAAAAACUUCAUGUGGUACGGCGUCCUCGGAACCAGGGAGUUGCUGCAGAGAUCCUACAAGAACCUAGAACAAAGGGUUCAACUUGAGUGUGACGGCCAGUAUAUCCCCCUCCCCAGUCUGCAAGGCAUAGCAGUGCUGAACAUCCCCAGCUACGCAGGCGGCACCAACUUCUGGGGCGGAACGAAAGAGGACGAUAUAUUUGCUGCGCCGUCAUUUGAUGACAAGAUUCUGGAAGUGGUUGCCGUCUUUGACAGUGUCCAGAUGGCAGUUUCCAGAGUCAUUAAACUGCAGCACCAUCGAAUAGCCCAGUGUCGCGCGGUAAAAAUCACUAUCUUUGGUGACGAGGGAUUACCGGUUCAGUGGCCGCCGGGUCCAAGGCCUCGCCCGGUUACACCUUGGAACAGGAUUUGUGAUGCAGCCACCAUUCACUGUCUUCUGGAGCAAGAACUGGCACACGCCGUGAAUGCAUGCUCCCAUGCACUGAACAAAGCCAACCCCAAGUACCCAGAGAGUCUUACGAGGGACAUCGCCACUGAAAUUGCCGUGAACGUGAAGGCCCUCUAUAAUGAGACGGAGUCUCUACUGGUCGGCAGGGUGCCUUUGCAGUUGGAAUCGCCGCAUGAGGAGCGGGUAUCCGACGCCCUGCACUCCGUGGAGCUGGAGCUACAGAAGCUCACCGAGAUCCCGUGGCUUUAUUACAUCUUCCAUCAAAACGAGGACGAGGGGCCUCCUAUGGACUGUACCAAAAGAAACAACAGGAGCACAGUUUUCCGAAUCGUGCCAAAGUUGAAGAAGGAAAAGGGUCCGAAGCAGAAGGCAAGCUCUCAGCCUGUUCAGAAAUGGGGCACAGAGGAAGUUGCUGCGUGGCUGGAUCUGCUCCAUUUGGGAGAGUACAAAGAAAUCUUCAUCCGCCAUGACAUCAGAGGGGCUGAACUGUUGCAUCUGGAAAGGCAAGACCUUAAGGACCUCGGGAUACCGAAGGUGGGUCAUAUGAAGCGAAUUCUUCAGGGAAUUAAAGAGCUUGGGAGAAGCCCUGCCCCAUCAGAGGUGUAAUCUUAACGGUGCUGUUCCUGGAAAGAGAGGUCGCUGCUCCCCAAUACACGGUCCUCGGACGAA